ACCAUGGCCACUCAGUACUACAUUGGAGUCGACGUCGGCACCGGCUCGGCUCGUGCAGCUCUCGUCUCGUCCACGGGCGACAUCGUCGCAGAGUCGACCUACGCCACCACCACCUGGCGCGAUGACCGCGAUAAGGACAUCUUCGAGCAGUCGUCUGGCCAGAUCUGGAACUGCAUCGCUACCGCCUGCAAGGACGUCCUGCGCGACUCCAAGGUCGACCCGGCCAGCGUCAAGGGCAUCGGCUUCGACGCGACCUGCUCGCUCGUCGUCGAGGACAUCGAGACCCGCCAGCCCGUCUGCGUCACCCCGGGAUCGUACGACAAGCCGGCCCAGCAGAAGGACGGUUUUGUCCAAGAUAUUUGUCUCUGGGCCGACCAUCGUGCCUCCAAGGAGGCCAAGCAGAUCAACGCGACCAAGAGCAAGUGGCUCAAGUACGUCGGCGACACGAUCUCGCUCGAGAUGGAGGUCCCCAAGAUGCUCUGGCUCAAGAACAACAUGCCGGCGUCGCUCUUCUCGCGCUGCAUGUUCUUCGACCUGCCCGACUGGCUCACGUACCGCGCGACCGACGACCUCGCGAGGUCCAACUGUUCGCUCGCGUGCAAGUGCUCGUACGUCCCGCCGGGCGUCGAGGGGUCCAAGGGUUGGAACGACGAGUUCUUUGAGCAGAUCGGGCUCGGCGACUUUGUCAAGAACGACUUCAUCCAGGUCGGCGGCAUCCCGGGCAAGAACGGCCUCAUCCUCACGGCGGGCCAGCCGGUCGGUGCGGGCUUGUCGAAGAAGGCGGCCGAGGAGCUCGGGCUUCUCGAGGGUACGGCGGUCGGGAGCGCCGUCAUCGACGCGUACGCCGGCUGGAUCGGCACCGUCGCGGCGCCGAUGGAGGGCCAGAAGACGACGACUCUCGACGACGCCCAGCACCGACUGGCCGCCGUCGCCGGGACGAGUACCUGCCACCUGAUCGCUAGCCCUUCAUCGCGGAAAGUGACAUCCGUGUGGGGUCCAUACCUGCAUGCGAUCUUUCCUGGAUACUGGAUGAACGAGGGCGGCCAGUCGUCGACGGGCCAGCUCCUCGACUUCAUGGUCGACACGCACCCGGCGGCCGACAAGCUCAAGCAGAUGGCGGCCGAGCGCGGCACGAACCACUUUGCGCUCCUCACCGAGCUCCUCGAGCAGAUGGUCGUCGACAAGAAGGCGCCGUUCAUGAGCUACCUCACGCGCGACAUGCACGUGUACCCGGACCUGCACGGUAACCGCUCGCCGCUCGCCGACGUCGACAUGCGCGGCAUGCUCAUCGGCAUGCAGCUCGACAAGACGGUCGGCGACCUCGCGCUGCGCUACUACGCGACGGGCGAGGCCAUCGCGCUCCAGACGCGCCAGAUCAUCGACGAGAUGAACAAGGCCGGCCACAAGAUCGAGAGCAUCUUCAUGUCGGGCGGCCUCGUCAAGAACCGCUUCCUCAUGAGCCUCAUCUCCGACAUCUGCAACAUGCCCGUCCAGCUGCCGUACUCGCACUCGGCAUCGGUCGUCCUCGGGUCGGCCAUGCUCGGCGCCGCCGCCGCCGAGGAGGCCGACCGUCUCGCGUCGCAGGGCGAGAAGCUCGAGAGCCAGAAGGCGGCCGAGACGAGCUCGUACGGCAUGAAGGAGCGCCUGUGGGACGCCAUGAUCCGCAUGUCGCGCCCGGGCACGACGGUCCACCCGUCGGCGUCGCCCGAGGAGCUCAAGCUUCUCGAGGCCAAGUACAAGAUCUUCCGCGACAUGAUCGACGUGCAGCGCAGGUGGCGCAAGGAGGUGCGCGAGGCGCUCGACGAGGAGGCGCACUAGACGCGUCCCCUCUUUUCUCUCGCGCGCGAGGAGAGUCGGCCCGGUAGACGAAGAAAGACUCUCGAUGCAGUGGAUACCCUUGUCUGUGCGCCU